AUGCCCGAAGAAGCAAACCCCGUAACCGCUGGCUCCCUCACAACUCCACGCUCGUCCGACACCGAGGGAGAAGUGAGCUCACAAUCUAACAUCCCCGUCAGUUCUCCGAGCACACCCUCCUCUCCCACAAGCCUCUCUGGAGAAUCUGAACAAGAGAACCCGAUUCCUUCAAUCCCGACGCAAGGGAAUGUGAUUUCUGCAGGAACAGCCCAACCCGCCACUGUCCCAACAAUCCCCACUGCUGAGUCGGAACAAGAGAACCCAGGUCUUUUAGAAACGUCCCGAGCAAAUUCGAUUCCAUCACUGUCGGAACAAGAAAAUUCGGUUUCUCCAGGGACGACUCAAUCAAACACUGUUUCUAUUAUCCCUACUGGAGAAUCAGAACAAGAGAACGCGGUUCCAUCAGUCUCGUCGCCAGGGAAUGCGAUUUCUGCAUCAGCCACGACUCCUACAAUCCCCACUACUGGUUCGGAACAAGAGAACCUUGUUUUUUCAGAAUCGACUCAAACGAAAACAGGUUCUUUAGAUUCGACACAAUCUAAGUCGAUACCUGAAGAAUCAAUACCAGAAAAUCAGAUUUUUAAUGGGCCUUCUUCAAUCCCCGCUGCUGAUUUGGAGCAGGAGAAUCAAGGUCUUUCAGAAUCAUCGCAAGGGAAUGCGAUUUCUGCGGGAACAACCCCACCAGCCGCGAAUCCUACAAUCCCCACUGCUGAAUCGGAACAAGAGAAUCUGGUUCUUUCAGAAUCGACUCAAACGAAGACGACAAGUCCUUUAGAUUCGGAACAAUCGAAACCGAUUCCUUCAGGAUCGGCACAGGGGAAUCCGAUUUCUGUAGGCACGACUCCAACAACAAACUCUCUCCCUACAGUCCCACUUUCAUCAGAACAAGAGAACUUGGUUUUUUCAGAUUCGCCCCAAGCGAACGCAAUUCCUCCAGUAUCAAUAAAAUCAAAUCCCAUUCCUCCAGUCUCGACACAAGCGAAUCUCAUACCCUCGGACCCCGUACAAUCCGCCGCCAGCCCCAGCCAGCCCGUGUCUUCUGACGUGAGCGGGAGCGCCGACCAACAGCAGCUCUCCUCGAUGCCGGAGACACAGAACACUUUGGUGGACCAAGGAGUCUUCUCACCGGACGGCCCUAUUGACAUGUUUGGAGCGUCCGGGUAA